AUGGUCUCUGUCACAUCUGCUGCUUUAAGAAAGAGAAAAACUUUGAAAAAAGGUAUUCAAUUUACUAUAAUGGUUGUUGGUCAAUCAGGUCUUGGUAGAUCAACUUUUAUUAAUAGUUUAUGUGGUCAACAAGUUGUUGAUACCAGUAGUACAAUCCCACUACCAACAGAUGAUUCAGCUGAAAGAGAUUUCAAUUUAAGAGAAGAAACUGUUGAAUUGGAAGAUAAUGAAGGUGUCAAGAUUUUAUUAUCAAUAAUUGAUACACCAGGAUUUGGUGAUUCAUUAGAUAAUUCUUCAAGUUUUAAUAUCAUAACUGAUUAUUUAAAACAUCAAUAUGAUGAAAUCUUAUUGGAAGAAAGUAGAGUUAGAAGAAAUCCAAGAUUUAAAGAUUCAAGAGUACAUGCUGUUUUAUAUUUUAUUAAUCCAACUGGUCAUGGAUUAAAAGAAUUAGAUAUUGAAUUAUUAAAACAAUUAUCUGGAUUAGCAAAUAUUAUUCCAGUUAUUGGUAAAUCUGAUUCUUUAACUCGUGAAGAAUUAAUUUUAAAUAAAAAAUUAAUAUUGGAAGAUUUAAAACAUAAUCAAAUUGAAUAUUAUAAUUUCCCUUAUGAUUUAGAAAAUGAUGAUAAUGAAACUAUUGAUACAAAUUCUUAUCUAAGAUCAUUAGUUCCAUUUUCUGUUAUUGGAUCUAAUCAAGUAUUUGAAAUUAAUGGAGAAUUAAUUAGAGGUAGAAAAUAUCCUUGGGGUUUUAUAAAUAUUGAAGAUCAUGAAUUAUCUGAUUUUGUUAUAUUAAGAAAUUUAUUAUUAAUUAGUCAUUUACAAGAUUUAAAAGAUCAUACACAUGAAAUUCUUUAUGAAAGAUAUAGAACUGAAGCUUUAAGUGGAGGUGGAUUACCAGAUCAUUUAACUCAACAAUUACAUUCCGUUGGUGAUAGUGUUAAAUCACCUUAUCAACAAUAUAGAUCACCAAGCUUAAAACAAGAAGAUGAUGGUUCAUUUAAAUCUUCAAGUUUACAUAAUAAUCAAAAUGAUACUUAUUUAGCACGUGAAGAACAAAUUAGAUUAGAAGAAGAAAGAUUAAAAGCUUUUGAAGAAAGAGUACAAAAAGAUUUAUUACAAAAAAAACAAGAAUUAUUAGAAAGAGAACGUGAAUUAAGAGAAAUUGAAGAAAGAUUAGAAAAAGAAGGACCAAAAACUGAAUCAUCUUAA